AAAAAAAAGAAAAGAAAAAGGAUGCCAAUAUAAAUUAAAAACCCUAACUAUAGAGAAGAUCCUCAUUCAUCAGUUUUGAGAGCGCCGAGUUAAAGAUAUCUAGAGAGGUAAGAGAAGUGUGCUCUCCGCCAGAAAACCAACAAUGGAUGCUCAUCAACCUUCUAGAACUGUUAAAGAUGUUUCUCCGCACGAUUUCGUCAAAGCCUAUGCCGCUCACCUCAAGCGAUCUGGCAAGAUUGAGCUUCCCCCAUGGACUGACAUUGUAAAAACUGGUGUGCUUAAGGAGCUUGCUCCCUAUGAUGCUGAUUGGUACUAUAUUAGGGCUGCAUCAAUGGCAAGGAAGAUCUACCUAAGGGGUGGACUUGGUGUUGGUGCUUUCCGUAGAAUUUAUGGUGGAAGCAAGAGAAAUGGAAGCCGCCCACGUCAUUUUGGCAAGAGCAGUGGUGCUGUUGCAAGACACAUUCUUCAACAGUUGGAGCAAAUGAAAAUUGUUGAAAUCAAUCCAAGAGGUGGGAGGAAAAUCACAUCCAAUGGACAGAGGGAUCUUGACCAAGUUGCUGGACACAUCAAUGUUGCUCCUCUCUAAAAUGUAUUGCACAAUUACUAUUUGAGAUUGGUGAUUAAGUUAAAUUUAGGUUUUGUUUUAGUUGAUUAAGAAAGGAGGUGGACAAAGUAAUGUAUUAAACAAUUUUGUUUUACCAAUGGAUGGAUCAAGUCUUUGUUUUUGGUUAGAACAUGUCCAAAUGGCUCUUGUGAGUGA